CAGAAGAAGAAACAGAACACCACCAGCAGCACAUCAGAGCAGGAAGAGAUGGCUAACAAUAACUUCUCUGUGAUGAAUUUGGCUUUUCUGCUCUUAUCGGUGCUGAUUUCAGCAUCAGUCCCGGCCCAUGCUUCCCCUGAACGGACGAAAACGGUGGAAUUCAACGUUAAACCGGGAGGAGUGGUGCACAGUUUCACACAGGAGAUUGAGGAAUAUGGAUGUACGUUCACUUACGCCUCACAAGGGGGAACCAACGAGCAAUGGCUGAUGAGUGUCGGACUGAGUGACGACGACAGACUUUUGUCCUGCUCAGUGUGGAGGCCUCAGGGGAAAUCAUACCUGUUCUUCACUCAGUUCAAAGCCGAGCUGAAGGGAGCCAAAAUUGAAUACGCCAACGCAUACUCGCAGACGGCAGCAGCAGGCCACACUGACGUGCCUUUGAAACCGGAGGAAUUUACCGUAGGAGAAUCAACAGUGACCCAAAACGACGGGAAGUUCAACGCUCAGCUCUCCAAACUGACCUGCAUUGGUCGGACGCGACACGACGAGCUGUAACCGGGCAGAACACUCGGCUCUGACCAAUCGGAGCCCCUCGUUGGGCGGCUCUGGAGUCGAUGAAGGAUGAGGCCAAAAAGUGAAAGUAGGAUGCUACCGAUGCUGCGUCGGUACAUUAAUUACCGGCUGUUUUCUUAUUGUACCCGGACUGAACGAAUAAAACCGACAGAGAAUCCA